AUGUCUCAGAUGACUCACCUCGGAAAGGCCCGUAGCCAGCCUAUAGUUUCCAUUUCUAUCGCUCGACUAUGUUCUGCAUUUUUCCUGCUGGGCGCGCUGCCGCUUGCCGAGGGCCUGCAUCACAUGGCGUUAAAAGCGCCUCUUAAAACCAAUCGACGAAAACUGGAUAUUACGCCUCUCCUGGUAACCAACCGUUGUCCCGACAAUAUCUGGCCGGGAAUCUCGACCCAAUCCGGCACGGGCCCAGGCGAGAACGGCUUCCAGUUAAAGCCUGGAGAGACAAAAAACCAGACCGUGUCGGAAGACUGGCAGGGCCGCGUGUGGGGGAGGACAAAUUGUUCCUUUAGCGACGAUGGCUCGUCCGCAGCUUCGGGGCGGGGGAAGGCUUGUGCAACCGGAGACUGCAAUGGCGCCUUAAACUGUCAAGUCGGAGGCGAUGUUCCCGUCUCUCUUGCUGAAUUCACUCUGGACGCUGGCGAUGGCCACACCUACUAUGACAUCUCGUUGGUCGAUGGCUACAACCUGCCCAUGGCAAUUGUCCUUCAGCCGCUUGAAAACGUCACACUAGACGACAUCCCGCCAAAUCUGACCAACCCGUCGUGCCAGGGCACAGACGGCCUGCUCGCUCCGCAAGGUUACGAUCCCUACUCGGAAUAUCCAGACUUCCUCAGCACCAACACGUCGUAUCCGCUACCUUUUGACCAGGACGUGGAUGGAAAUAAGAUUUCGAGAUGGUGUCCCUGGGAUUUGCAACAGAACCCCCCGGAGAAGCCUGGAGACGGCGUCUAUCCCUAUCCAGACGACAACAUCCAGCGGCCCCAGUUCAACCCCUGCUUUUCUGCGUGCGCAAAGAACAACCGACCCGAGGAUUGCUGUACCGGACAAUACGACUCGCCCAGCUCGUGUCAGCCAAGCCUCUACUCCAAGAAGGUCAAGGAAGUCUGCCCAGACGCGUACAGUUAUGCGUUCGACGACCAAACCUCGACCUUUAUUAUUCCUUCUGGUGCCGGCUUCGAGGUUGUCUUUUGCCCGGGUGCUCGCUCCACGACAAUCCUCACGACAAACAGGGAUGAGAUGCUACAGUUGGCACAGCAAGGAAAAGUCGAGAAGCAAGCUACGCUGGGGUUGAAACGAGCCCGGAGUGACGUGGUCCGCAGGAGCACUGCAUCGGGAAUAUGUCGACUUGACCGCGCCAUGUUGGCGGUGACUGUGAUAACGGCAGCCUUUGCUUCUGUGCCCAUCAUGGCACAAAAUCAAACUUUCAGCUGCCACCGUUUGGCGAACGGGUGGAACUUUAAACAAGCUGACAACACGGGGGGUGUGUGGCUACCAGUAAAGUCGGUCCCCACGAACGUCCAUCUGGACUUGAUGGACAAUGGCGAAAUUCCCGACCCUUUUCUAGGCUUCAAUGAGCUCCAGGCGGAGUGGGUGGCCGGCAAGGCCUGGACAUACAAGGUCGAGCUGCCUAAAGUCUCUGAGCCCCCAGAGGGAACUGUCUGCGUACUUGCCUUUGAUGGCCUGGACACGUUCGCGACUGUCAAGCUCAAUGGCGAGACUAUACUUGAGAGCAACAACAUGUUUGUUCCGCAUCGUGUGGAUAUCACCAAGAAGCUGGCCUUCAGCAAGGACAACGUGCUCGAAAUCGACUUUGCAUCUGCCCGCCUCGAAGCCAUCAAGAUUAAAGAAAAGCAUCCAGAGCACAAGUGGGUGGGCUUCAAUGGCGAUAUGGCUAGACUUGGCGUAAGAAAAGCCCAGUACCACUGGGGCUGGGACUGGGGCCCAAUCCUCAACACGUGUGGCCCUUGGCGCGAGGUGCGCCUGGAAACAUAUGCAGCCAGGAUCCAGGACCUGCGGGUGGAUUACCAGCUUGACGACAGCUUGAAGACGGUCCAGGGAGCCAUUUCAGCAGUCGUUGAAGGCGCAUGUGCAGACAGUGUCUGCUUCAUUAUGUUUGACGGCGAUACGAAUGUCUUCCACGAAGUCACCAAAAUCAGUCAAGGUAAGGCAAAGGUCGACUUUCAUAUCAACAACCCAAAGCUGUGGUACCCGCACGGCUAUGGUGCGCAGCCCCUCUACACCGUCACGGCAACGCUCCUCGCAGACGGCGUGGAAAUCCACCAGGCGUCACGCAAAACCGGAUUCCGCAAAGGCGAGCUCAUCCAGGAACCCGACGAAAUUGGCAAGAGUUUCUAUUUCCGCGUCAACGACGUCGAUGUCUUCUGCGGCGGCUCAGACUGGAUUCCGGCAGACUCGUUUACGCCGCGAGUGACCGAGGACAAAUACCGCAAAUGGCUCGAGAUGAUGGUGGACGGCUACCAGGUCAUGAUCCGGAUCUGGGGCGGCGGCAUCUGGGAAGAGGACAUCUUCUACGACAUCUGCGACGAGAUUGGUGUGCUGGUGUGGCAAGAUUUCAUGUUUGGCUGCGGCAACUAUCCCGCCUUUCCGGACCUGCUGCACUCAAUCAAGGAAGAAUGUACCGCCAACGUCACCCGACUGCGACAUCACCCUUCCAUCGUCAUCUAUGCCGGCAACAACGAGGACUAUCAGGUGCAGGAAUCAUAUGGCUUGACCUACGAUUACGACGACAAGGAUCCGGAGAGCUGGCUCAAGACGGAUUUCCCGGCUAGGUACAUUUAUGAAAAGUUGCUGCCUGACGUUGUCGCCGCGCAAAGCCCUCAUGUGCCCUACCACCCGGGGUCGCCCUGGGGCGACGGGCUCAGGACGUCGAAUCCCACCGUGGGUGACAUGCACCAGUGGAACGUGUGGCAUGGCACCCAGGAAAAGUACCAAAUCUUCGACACGCUGGGCGGGCGCUUCAACAGUGAGUUUGGCAUGGAGGCGUUCCCGCACAUUGAUACCAUCAAGCACUAUUGCACAGACCCGUCUCAGCUGUACCCGCAAAGCCAUAUGUUGGACUUUCACAACAAGGCAGAUGGCCACGAGCGGCGCAUCGCUACGUAUCUGGUGGAGAACUUCCGCACUAAGACUGAUUUAGAGUCCUUUAUCCACCUCACACAGCUCUCGCAGGCCGAAGCACUCAUGUUUGGCUACCGGGGCUGGCGACGUCAGUGGGGUCAAAAGCGACAUUGCGGUGGUGCCCUCGUGUGGCAGCUCAAUGACUGCUGGCCAGUCACGUCGUGGUCCAUUGUCGACUACUUCCAGCGCAAGAAGCCGGCCUACUAUGCCAUGCGCAGGGUGCUUGCGCCCAUUGCCGUGGCCGUCAAGCGGGCCCACUUUGACUGGAGCGUCGUGCAUGCAAGAGUGCCAAGCACGAGCGACUACGAGGUCUGGGUGGCGAGCCAGCAUGCUGAUCCAGUGACUGCGACUGUUGAGCUGCGGUACGUUAGCGUGCAGAGUGGGAAGGAGAUUAAGGAGGCGAUUAUCAAAAGGGACAUUGAACUCGUCGCCAACGGCACCACCGACGUGCUGUCUGGCACAAUUGACAACCGGAACGAGGAGCCGCAUGUCCUAGCUGCACGCAUCUGGGUCAACGGGGAGAUUGUGUCGCGAGACGUGGAUUGGCCGCAGCCGCUCAAGUACCUGGAUUUCGAGCAUCGUGGCGUCCAAGUAAUACCGCAGGGUGAGACAAUUGUCGCCAGGGCGCAGAAACCGACAAAGGGACUGGUCUUUGAAGAGCGCUCGGGCGUGCUGGUCCAUGACAGUGCCAUUGACAUUGUCCCUGGCGAUGAGCAGGUCAUCAAGGUGAGGGGGCUUGGCAAGCAGGACGAGCCCCUCAAGUGGACAUAUCUGGGCAAAGAUUGA